GUGGCUGUCCGUGUGGGCUGGGCCCUUGCCUUACUAGGAGCAGUGACAGGGUCACCUAUCAGGCCCUAUACCUUCAGGGCAACUCUCAGAGCAUGGAUCCCUCCUGAUUCCUCUCUGGCCCCAAUGUUCCUCACGGUCAAGCUGCUCUUGGGCCGAAGAUGCAGCCUGAAUGUAUCUGGAAAAGAAAGUGUGGCCACGCUGAAGAAACUGGUUUCUCAGCACCUGCAGGUGCCAGAGGAGCAGCAGCAUCUGCUGUUCCGAGGCCAGCUCCUGGAUGAUGACAAAUACCUUUCCGAUUACAGCAUUGGACCCAAUGCCUCCAUCAAUGUCAUCAUGCGGCCUCAAGAGGACAUAGCAUUGGACAAGACCCACCAAACCCAGCCCCUGUGGCUCCAGCUGGGCCAGGUCCUAGAUAAACAUUUUGGACCAAAGGAUUCAAAGACAGUGCUGGGGUUUUUGAGGCAGGAGCAUGAGGAGCGUCUGCAGAGCCUGAGCCUGGAGGCCCUGGAGCAGUUGGUGGGCCAGCUCUUAGCACAGCAGCAGCUUGAAGAGCUGGCGGAGGAAAAGGAAGCUCCUGCUGUUGCAUCAGAACUCCAGCAAAACGAUGAAGAAGGAGGAGGAGGGGCAGGAGGAGGAGGAGGCGGAGGAGGAGGAGGAGGAGGAGGAGGAGGAGGAGGAGGAGGAGGAAAGGAGGAAGAAGAGGAGGGUGAGGAGGAUGAUCAGUAAAUUGGCCCAUCCUUCUCUUGCUCACUAAACUUCCCCUGGACUGACCCUUCUAUGUUCUUGGGCAAUUUUUCUCUUUGCUUUCUCCUGAUGGAGAUGCUAAACUAUUAAGUAGCUGGAAGAUACCUGGAUCCUUCUAUGCCCUCUCAACUGUAGGUCCCCUUCUGAAGUGCAGACUGAUUCUAGCACUGUCUCUCUGCUACAAGGGAUUUGAAUGGCCCAAGGUAUGCUAUAGGGACUGUCAAAGUCUAUCCUGGCACUGAGUGGAACAGCUUUGCCAAAGCAUGCCUCAGAGAAAGUCUCCAAGGCUCAAGACAGAGCCUCUUCUCCUUCAGAACAGACAAGUGUGACUUAUAGAACCCAGACCCCCAGUAGUAUAGGGAUGAGGAAGGCUGUCAGCUGCCCUUGAACUCGUGGUGAGGCUAGCCCUGCUGCCCUGCUGCCCUGCUACCCUGCUGCCCUGCUACCCUGCUGCCCUGCUGCCCUGCUGCCCUGCUUGUGGUUCCAUAACUUCAGAGAUGGGACCACAGAGACAGGAGUCAAGGAAAAGGCUGGGGAAAAUGGCCAAUUGCAUAGGCUAAUCCCUGGGCUUGUGGAAAUUCAGAUGAAGUCCCAGAAUAGCAGGAAACAGAGUCCUAGGCAUGAAAAAUGGUCUACAAGUGGCCCACUUGUGGGGCCAGCCUAAAUAAAGUUAUGCCCACUAACUAGCA